AUGGCACGCGAGUGUGCCACCCUUGGUAACUCAACCGAAUUACAUGGAACCAUCAAUUUGGCAACUAGUGCCGAAACGGGGACCUUGAAGCUGGUGGUCGAGUUACAAGCUGCGGCUCUGGGAAGGGUGAAGGAGCCGGGGAGUCGCCGGGUGCUGGAGUUUCUCCGACGCUUCCGGGCGGGGCUUCGCGCAGCGAGCCCGGAGCGACACUCGGGGGUCCCGCCGCGAAGGCGCGGCUCGGGCACCGCCGGGGCAGCGGUGGCGGGCCUCAGCGUCAGGGCUCCAGAACCACGCCUGCGAAGUUUCACAUUUCAGGGGCUCGACCGCCCGCAAGUUAAUUCUCCUCCGCCGCCGGCGCUGCCGGGACCCCCGAUCGCUCGAGGCGACCCCCCGCGGUACCCUAACUCUUUUCAGCAUCAGUUUCCCCAAGGGCGCGACAGGGGCGAGGAACCGAAGGGCUCGUCUCUCCCGCUCUCGGAGCCCGGCCGGGGAGGUAGAAGAAAACCAAGAGUACAUCGGCCUCGUUCUCCGAUACUGGAAGAAAAAGACAUCCCACCCCUUGAAUUUCCCAAGUCCUCUGAGGAUUUAAUGGUGCCUAACGAGCAUAUAAUGAAUGUCAUUGCCAUCUAUGAGGUACUUCGGAACUUUGGCACUGUUUUGAGGUUAUCUCCUUUUCGCUUUGAGGACUUCUGUGCAGCUCUGGUGAGUCAAGAGCAGUGCACACUUAUGGCAGAGAUGCAUGUUGUACUUUUGAAAGCAGUUUUGCGCGAAGAAGACACUUCCAAUACUACCUUUGGACCUGCUGAUCUGAAAGAUAGCGUCAAUUCCACACUGUAUUUCAUCGAUGGGAUGACAUGGCCCGAGGUGCUGCGGGUGUACUGUGAGAGCGACAAGGAGUACCAUCACGUUCUUCCUUACCAGGAAGCAGAGGACUAUCCCUACGGACCAGUGGAGAACAAAAUCAAAGUUCUGCAGUUCCUAGUCGAUCAGUUUCUCACCACAAAUAUCGCUCGAGAGGAGUUGAUGUCUGAAGGAGUGAUCCAGUAUGACGACCACUGUAGGGUCUGUCACAAACUUGGGGAUUUGCUCUGCUGUGAGACGUGUUCUGCAGUAUACCAUUUGGAGUGUGUGAAGCCACCUCUGGAGGAGGUGCCGGAGGAUGAGUGGCAGUGUGAAGUCUGUGUAGCACACAAGGUGCCUGGUGUGACUGACUGCGUCGCUGAAAUCCAAAAAAACAAACCAUACAUUCGACACGAACCUAUCGGAUAUGACAGAAGUCGGAGGAAAUACUGGUUCUUAAACCGAAGGCUCAUCAUAGAAGAAGAUACAGAGAAUGAAAAUGAAAAGAAAAUUUGGUACUACAGCACAAAGGUUCAACUUGCAGAAUUAAUUGACUGUCUAGACAAAGAUUACUGGGAAGCAGAACUUUGCAAAAUUCUCGAAGAAAUGCGUGAAGAAAUCCAUAGACACAUGGACAUAACUGAAGACCUGACCAAUAAGGCCCGGGGCAGCAACAAGUCCUUUCUGGCGGCAGCUAACGAAGAAAUUUUGGAAUCCAUAAGAGCCAAAAAGGGAGACAUUGAUAUUGUUAAAAGCGCAGAAGAAACAGAAAAGGACAAGAAUGAGACUGAAGAUAACAACUCCAAAGAUGCUGAAAAAACUGGAGAAGAGCUUGAAGACCCAUCCCUGGAAAAAGACAGUGAUGACAAAAUACCAGAUGAUGAUCCCGAACAAGAAAAAUCUGAGGAGCCAACAGAAGUUGGGGAUAAAGGUAACUCUGUGUCAGCAAAUCUUGGCGACAACACAACAAAUGCUGCUUCAGAAGAGACUAGUCCCUCAGAAGGGUGGAGUCCUGUGGGGUGUCUCUCAGAGACCCAUGAUAGCAGCAACAUGGCAGAGAAGAAGGUGGCAUCUGAGCUCCCCCAGGAUGUGCCAGAAGACCCUAACAAGACAUGUGACAGCAGUAACACUAGUGCUACCACUACCUCCAUCCAGCCUAAUCUGGAAAACAAUAACAGCAGCAGUGAAAUAAAUUCUUCCCAGAGUGACUCUAAGGCAGCUGAUGAUCCUGAAAAUGGAGAAAGAGAAUCCCAUACACCUGUCUCUAUUCAAGAAGAGAUAGGUGAUUUCAAAUUAGAGAAAUCUAACGGGGAGAUAAGUGAGUCUCCUGGAGCUGGAAGAGGAGCAUCUGCUUCAACGCGAAUUAUCACCAGGUUACGAAAUCCAGAAAGCAAACUUAGUCAGCUCAAGAGCCAACAGGUGGCAGCUGCAGCCCAUGAAGCAAAUAAAUUAUUUAAGGAAGGCAAAGAGGUUCUGGUAGUUAACUCUCAAGGAGAAAUUUCACGAUUGAGCACCAAAAAGGAAGUGGUCAUGAAAGGAAAUAUCAACAAUUACUUUAAGUUGGGUCAAGAAGGGAAGUAUCGUGUCUAUCACAAUCAGUACUCCACCAAUUCAUUUGCUUUGAAUAAGCACCAGCACAGAGAAGAUCAUGAUAAGAGAAGGCAUCUUGCACAUAAAUUCUGUCUGACUCCAGCAGGAGAAUUCAAAUGGAAUGGUUCUGUCCAUGGGUCCAAAGUUCUUACCAUAUCUACUCUGAGACUGACUAUCACCCAACUGGAAAACAAUAUCCCUUCCUCCUUUCUUCAUCCCAAUUGGGCUUCCCAUAGGGCAAAUUGGAUCAAGGCAGUUCAGAUGUGUAGCAAGCCCAGAGAAUUUGCACUGGCAUUAGCCAUCUUGGAAUGUGCAGUAAAACCAGUCGUAAUGCUGCCAAUAUGGCGAGAAUCUUUGGGACACACGAGAUUGCACAGGAUGACAUCAAUUGAAAGAGAAGAAAAGGAAAAAGUCAAAAAAAAAGAAAAAAAGCAGGAAGAGGAAGAGACAAUGCAACAAGCUACGUGGGUAAAAUACACAUUUCCAGUCAAGCAUCAGGUUUGGAAACAAAAAGGAGAGGAGUACAGAGUAACCGGAUAUGGUGGUUGGAGCUGGAUUAGUAAGACUCACGUGUAUAGGUUUGUUCCUAAAUUGCCAGGCAAUACUAAUGUGAACUACAGGAAGUCAUUAGAAGGAGCCAAAAAUAAUAUGGAUGAAAAUAUGGAUGAAUCGGAUAGAAGGAAAGGUCCACGAAGUCCAAAAAAAAUAAAAACAGAGCCUGAUUCUGAGAAAAGUGAGGUAAAGGAUUCAGAUACUGCAAAAGGAGCAGACCAAAGUGAAAUGGACAUUUCAAAGGUUACUGAGAAGAAAGACCAAGAUGUAAAAGAAGUUUUAGAUUCUGACAAUGAUAAGUCCUUUAAGGAAGAGCCAAUGGAAAUAGAUGAUGAUAUGAAAACGGAGCCACAUCUAAAUUGUCAGGAAAGUUCUCAAGUAGAUGUGGUCAAUGUCAGUGAGGGUUUUCAUCUAAGGACUAGUUAUAAAAAGAAAAUCAAGUCAUCCAAACUAGACGGACUUCUUGAAAGGAGAAUUAAGCAGUUUACACUGGAAGAAAAACAGCGCCUUGAAAAAAUGAAGCUGGAGGGUGGAAUUAAGGGUAUCGGGAAGACCUCUGCAAGUUCUCUGAAAAGUUUGUCUGACCUGACAGGAGUAACAAAAGCAAAAGAAGAGUGUCAGAGUGACUUGCUCGGCCAAGAACCAAGCGCUAACGCAAGUAACGAUAAAUCUGAAGACUUGAUUCAGGGAUGUUCACAGAGCGAUUCCUCAGUUCUUGGAAUCAGUGAUCCUGACCCUACAACAAACAAACUUUAUCCAAAAGAUCAGAUGUUAGAUGACAUCUCCGUUCAGAGCCCAGAGACUAACUGUCAGAAACAAAAUUCUGCUGGAAGUGACUUAGGUGAGAAUCUUUAUAAAUCUGCUAGUGGAGACCAGGAACCCCAUCAGGUUAAAACAAAAGGGAGUGACUUUCUCAUUGAUGAAAAAUUAACCAGUGCAGAUGAAAUUGGUACUUUGAUCUAUAAGAACAAAAAGCCACUCAUACAGGAGGGUAACAACACCGUUGUUUCUCCUUCCCAGAGCCCUUUAUUUUCAUCAGUACCUAAAAGUACCGAUGAGAGUGAUACCCCAUCUCUGCCGAAAGCUGUGGACUUGGAGGGAAAGCUGGGGUGUGACUCUGAAUGUGAUAGCACUUUGGAAAAUAGUUCUGAUACUAUGUCUACUCAGGACAGUAGUGGUGAUGAAGACAUGCUUGUUCAGAACAGCAGUGAAAGUAUCUCUGAACAAUUCAUGACUCAAGAGCAAAGUACUGCAGACCUGGGGCCACGGAAGCAUGAGCUUGUUUCAGAUAAGUCCUCUGGAAACUGUGGUGGCGCACUGCAAGGCAAAGUAGCUGAAGCAAAUGGUAAAAAGCCAAGUCAAGAACAGAAAUUAGAGGAGAGAACAGUUAAUAAAUGUAUCGAUCAAGUAAAUUUAAAAAGCAUCACUGACAAAAGGAAUAAUGAAAAUCGAGAGUCUGAAAGGAAAGGCCAGAAAGCAAGUUCCUUUCAAAUGAAUGGAAAAGAUAAUAAACCUAAAGUAUAUUUGAAAGGGGAAUGCGUGAAGGAAAUCACGGAGAAUAAAGUAGUGAGUGGUGACGUGGAAUCAAAAGUUAAUAAUAUAAAUAAUGUAGUUCCUGAACAUGAUACUAAGUCUUUGACUACUAAAGACUCUCCUGGUAAGCCAUUCAUGAAUGGUGAUGUCAUCAUGGAAGAUCUUAAUGAAAAUAACUUGGAAGCAAAAUCGUGUUUAUUGAGAUCUGCAGGUGCUGAAGGAGACCACCAAGACAGCCGGAAGGCACUGACCUCUGCCAGAGGGACGGUGAGCGCACCCCCCACCACGCCUCCACCCGCUUGCCCGGCAGGUGGCACUGCCGGCCCCGUGGAAGACAUGGAAGUCGAGACCUCCGACGCUAAGAAGGUGACUCCAUCGCCUGUUACUUCUGAAGAGGAAUCUAAUCAGAGUAGUGAAUUUGUUGAUGAAAAUGGGCUGCUCACCAACAAAGAUGAAAAUGUCAAUGGAGAAUCUAAAAGAAAAACAGUCAUCACAGAAGUUACCACUUUGACAUCCACGGUGGCCACGGAAUCAAAGACCGUAAUCAAGGUAGCAAAAGGUGAUAAGCAAACUGUAGUCUCUUCGACAGAAAACUGUGCCAAAUCCACUGUUACCACCACCACCACCACAGUAACAAAGCUUUCCACACCCUCCGCAGGCAGCAGUGUAGAUAUCAUCUCCGUGAAGGAGCAGAGCAAAACUGUGGUCACCACGACAGUGACGGAUUCCCUGACCACCGCAGGAGGCACUCUGGUAACAUCUAUGACUGUGAGCAAAGAAUAUUCCACCAGAGACAAAGUGAAACUCAUGAAAUUUUCAAGACCCAAGAAGACUCGUUCAGGUACCGCUCUGCCAUCCUAUAGGAAGUUUAUUACCAAGAGCAGCAAGAAGAGCAUAUUUGUUUUGCCUAAUGAUGACUUAAAAAAGUUGGCCCGAAAAGGAGGAAUCCGAGAAGUCCCUUAUUUUAAUUACAAUGCAAAACCUGCCUUGGAUAUAUGGCCAUAUCCUUCUCCUAGACCGACCUUUGGUAUCACUUGGAGGUAUAGACUUCAGACUGUCAAGUCCCUAGCUGGAGUGAGCCUUAUGCUCCGGCUGCUGUGGGCAAGCCUGCGGUGGGAUGACAUGGCCGCCAAGGCCCCUCCAGGCGGAGGGACCACACGGACAGAAACAUCUGAAACUGAAAUCACAACAACAGAGAUAAUCAAGAGGCGAGAUGUUGGUCCUUAUGGCAUUCGAUCUGAAUAUUGUAUCAGGAAAAUCAUUUGUCCCAUUGGGGUUCCAGAAGCACCAAAAGAAACUCCUACACCUCAGAGGAAAGGUCUUCGAUCAAGUGCGUUAAGGCCAAAGAGACCAGAAACGCCCAAGCAAACUGGCCCUGUUAUUAUUGAAACCUGGGUAGCAGAAGAAGAGUUGGAAUUAUGGGAAAUUAGGGCAUUUGCUGAGAGAGUGGAGAAAGAAAAGGCACAAGCAGUUGAACAGCAGGCUAAGAAACGACUGGAGCAGCAGAAACCUACAGUCAUCGCAGCUCCCACUACUUCCCCGACGAGCAGCACCACUAGCACCAUUUCUGCAGCGCAGAAGGUUAUGGCAGCGCCCAUAAGUGGUUCAGUUACACCUGGAACUAAAGUGGUACUCGCUACGAAGGUUGGGUCUCCAGCCACAGUGACAUUCCAGCAGAACAAGAACUUCCAUCAGACCUUUGCUACCUGGGUUAAGCAAGGCCAGUCCAAUUCAGGGGUUGUUCAAGUACAACAGAAGGUCCUGGGUAUCAUCCCCUCGAGCACAGGUACAAGUCAGCAGACCUUUACUUCUUUCCAGCCCAGGACAGCGACAGUCACAAUUAGACCCAAUACCUCAGGCUCGGCAGGAAGCACAAGCACUUCACAAGUAAUCACAGGGCCUCAGAUCCGGCCUGGAAUGACGGUGAUCAGAGCACCACUGCAACAGUCAACACUGGGAAAGGCAAUUAUCCGAACACCUGUGAUGGUACAGCCAGGUACUCCUCAGCAAGUGGUGACCCAGAUCAUCCGAGGCCAGCCUGUCUCCACUGCAAUCUCUGCCCCCAGUACAGUGUCCUCAGCAUCCGGGCAGAAAGGACUAGCCACAGGAACGCCCCCUGCCACGCUGCAGUCCUCAGCCUCACAGCCCCCUCGCCCCCAGCAAGGGCAGGUGAAGCUCACCAUGGCUCAGCUCACUCAGCUAACGCAGGGCCACGGAAGCAGUCAAGGUUUGACGGUAGUUAUUCAAGGACAAGGUCAGACUACGGGACAGUUGCAGUUGAUCCCUCAAGGGGUGCCUAUACUUCCGGGUCCAGGACAGCAGCUGAUGCAAGCUGCUAUGCCAAAUGGUACUGUUCAGCGGUUCCUCUUUACCCCACUGGCAACCACAGCCGCAGCGGCCAGCACCACUACCACCACUGUUUCUACUACAGCAGCAGGUACAAGUGAACAAAGGCAGAGUAAAUCAUCACCCCAGUCACAGGUGCAACAGUCCAAAAUGCUGCCAACAGCUCAGUCACCAGGUGUUGGUCCUCCUGAAGCCCAGCCACAGGCCGCUCAGCCUUCAGCUCGACCCCAGUCCCAAACCCAGCCCCAGUCCCCAGCUCAGCCUGAAGUGCAGACUCAGCCUGAUGUUCAGACCCCAACAACUGUCGCAUCCCACCUCCCUUCUGAAGCACCACCUGCCCAAGCACAGUCAUCCAAACCCCACGUUGCAGUGCAGUGUCAGCCUCAAAAUAAUGUCCAAGGACAGUCUCCUGCUCGCGUCCAGAGUCCACCACAGACCCGAAUACGCCCGUCAACUCCAUCCCAGGUGUCUCCUGGACAGCCAGCCCAGGUUCAGACUACAACCUCACAACCGAUUCCAAUUCAGCCACAUACAUCUCUUCAGACACCUUCCCAGGGCCUGCCACAACCACAACCCCAGGUACAGUCUUCAACUCAAACUCUUUCAUCAGGACAAACGUUAAGUCAAGUUACUGUUUCCUCCCCGUCCCGUCCUCAGCUUCAAAUCCAGCAGCCACAGCCCCAAGUCACUGCUGUGCCUCAGCUACAACAACAAGUCCAGGCUCUCUCUCAGAUCCAGUCACAGGUUGUGGCUCAGAUACAGGCUCAGCAAGGUGGUGUGCCCCAGCAAAUCAAACUCCAAUUACCUAUUCAAAUUCAGCAAAGCAAUCCGGUGCAGACUCACCAGAUUCAGAAUGUGGUUACAGUGCAGGCAGCCAGUGUGCAAGAGCAGUUGCAAAGGGUUCAGCAACUCAGGGAUCAGCAGCAAAAGAAGAAACAGCAACAGAUAGAAAUUAAGCGGGAACACACCCUCCAAGCUUCUAAUCAAAGUGAAAUCAUUCAGAAACAGGUGGUGAUGAAACAUAAUGCUGUAAUAGAACAUUUAAAACAGAAAAAGACCAUGACUCCAGCUGAAAGAGAAGAGAAUCAAAGAAUGAUUGUCUGUAACCAGGUGAUGAAGUAUAUCUUGGAUAAAAUAGAUAAAGAAGAAAAACAGGCAGCGAAAAAACGGAAGCGUGAAGAAAGCGUGGAACAGAAACGCAGCAAGCAGAACGCUACCAAACUCUCUGCGCUGCUCUUUAAGCACAAAGAGCAACUCAAAGCUGAGAUACUGAAAAAGAGAGCGCUCCUGGACAAGGACCUGCAGAUCGAGGUGCAGGAAGAGCUCAAGAGAGACCUGAAAAUUAAGAGAGAGAGAGAGCUGGUGCAGGCCACUGCAGUGGCCCCCGCCGCGCUCCCGGCUGCUUCCCAGAAGAGGAAGCGAGAGGAGGAGAAAGACUCGAGCUCAAAGUCCAAGAAGAAGAAGAUGAUCUCUACUACCUCAAAGGAAACUAAGAAGGACACAAAGCUUUACUGUAUCUGUAAAACGCCUUACGAUGAAUCUAAAUUUUAUAUUGGCUGUGAUCGGUGUCAGAAUUGGUACCAUGGGCGCUGCGUUGGCAUCUUGCAGAGUGAGGCAGAGCUCAUUGAUGAGUAUGUCUGCCCACAAUGCCAGUCGACCGAGGAUGCCAUGACAGUGCUCACGCCACUAACAGAGAAAGACUACGAGGGCCUGAAGAGGGUGCUGCGCUCCCUGCAGGCACAUAAGAUGGCCUGGCCGUUCCUUGAACCGGUAGAUCCUAACGAUGCACCAGAUUACUACGGUGUUAUUAAGGAGCCUAUGGACCUUGCCACCAUGGAAGAACGAAUACAAAGACGAUAUUAUGAAAAGCUGACAGAAUUUGUGGCAGAUAUGACCAAAAUUUUUGAUAACUGUCGUUACUACAAUCCAAGUGACUCCCCUUUUUACCAGUGUGCAGAAGUUCUUGAAUCAUUCUUUGUACAGAAGCUGAAAGGAUUCAAGGCUAGCAGGUCUCAUAACAACAAACUGCAGUCUACAGCUUCUUAAAAGUUCAGCGUGUUAACCUAACAUAAAACACAGCAAGAAUCUGGUUGUCUGAACUAUUUUAAAUUAAGGAGCCAGAUGUUUUUAGUCAGGUUAUCCUGACAAGACCUGACCCAAACUUCGUUUUUAUUGGUCAUAAUAGUCCAAUUAUACUCUUGGCCAAUUUGUCCAACGGACAAGGGAAAAGCAAAGUCAACGACACCAUUAUCUUGUCAAGAUCAAAUGGUUUUACUAUUGUGGCAGAAGCGGGAAAACUUUGUUUAUUGAAAAAAAAAAAAGAAAAAAGAAAGCAAGAAAAAAAGAUAAUAUGGGGUCAAGUGUAACUCCAUGGAAAUGCCACGUCUGCUCUUCAGUGAAGAAGCUGGUUUAGAGUCUCACAGAAAACUUUUGACUGUAUUUAUUUAUUGUUGCAAAAAA